AUGCGUCUUGCUCAGGCCUCCAAGUAUGCCCGCAAAGCACUGGCCUUGCUGCCCAGCGAUGAGAGCCUGUGGAAGACUCUUGCAAAAGAUAUAUACACAAUCGUACAAGGCAGCGCCAAAGUUGCUGGUUCUGUUUCGACUCUGGAUCCUUCCAAGCUCCUCGAAGGUCUUGAAACCUGGGCGCAACUACCACAGUUGGUACAGUCCAUCAUAGACGUUGUCGACCGGCUUUCAAGUCUGAGAGCUGGUUUUAAAUCCGUUUUCAACAAUGGAAAAGGCGUAAAGAAGCCACCUCGGUGGUACUUUGCACUUCGCUACACCGACAUGAUGCUUCAGAAUAACUGCCCCAAGCUACUCAAGUCCCUUCUUAGGAUCCGGAACUCAGAUUCGUCUCCCUUGGGCUGGGGCAGCCGCCAAUUUCGCACCACAAUUGACAUCAUAGAAGUUCCAGCCGAUGAAGGUCGAGGCGGCCUUGUGAACAAAGCUUGGAUGAGCUGUUCCCAGGCACACAUAUUCUAUGCGGACCAUGCAAUACAGCUUCGGUACGAGCACAAGGCUCUGGGCCUGCUCAAAAUAAAACGGUUCAAUGGAGACAGCUUGCUCAUGGACAAGUGCUAUAUCAACCUGUCUAUUGUGCAAUCGAGCGAUGCGCAGAAGGCAGAGAGCACUGACUUCCCAAUUUCAAUCUCUAGGCGCUGGGGUAUCAGCGGUGCUCCGGAAGCAGAACAGAUGUCGUUGUCCAAUAUUUUCAUAAAAACAAAGAAAUCAUCAUCUGCUGUCAUGCAAAGACAAGGAUCUCUGGAUCGCAGGCGAAUUCUCAUUCGUGGACAGGCUGGCGUGGGUAAGAGUACGCUCUGCAAAAAAAUGGUCUACGACUUCAUACAUGAAGGGAUGUGGAAUGAUGUUAUUGACCGCAAUAUUUGGAUCCCGCUGCGAGAGCUUGAAAGCAAUGGGAAUGUUCAGCCACAGGUUCAGCAGCUGCUUGGAGUUAAAUACUUCAGUGGGGCGCGCGACGGGCAUAUUCUUGCUAAAGCCUUUUUCGAGACAUCUCAUGCCGACCCAAACAAGACAUUUUUCAUCCUAGAUGGUCUCGACGAGGUGUACAGCGAAGUUGAUGGCAGAAACGAGUUGUUGCUGAAGCUUUUGAACCGACCGCUGGCUAUAAUAACAUCCCGUCCAUCCGGCAUCAAACGAACUCAUAUUAAAGAUAUCGAUUUGGAAUAG